AUGAACCAACAUCGCCGGCGGUCCCUCCAGAUUCUGACGACUGCCUUUCCAGAUCUACGUAGCUCAACCACCGCAUUUUUGGACCGUCGUCCAUCCUUCGCACACUGGCUGAAUGAAAUUGACCGCUAUGCAAGUGAAAACGUUAACAAGCUUCUAGUUGGAAACAAGCUUUAUCCAAUUCCAUUCUCAACGAUUCAAGCACUUCAGAAUAUUUUUCUAUUAUUGUCAACAGCCUUAUCUACGUCCUCAGGCCUUACCAAGUUCACAAGAUACGCCUCUCAUGUACUAAAUCUCUCACUGAACACCAUGUGUUCCGCCUCAAUUGAUGCUUGGCUCCAUUCCGCAAUGAGACCCCUCAUCAAAGAACUCGACAUCACACUCUAUACUGUACACAAUUUUUGCUUUUCACUUCCCCAAAACAUUUCCAAAUGUUCUAAUCUGGUCUCUCUCAAUCUCAAAGGUGCAUUGAGUUUUAAACCACAACAACCCAAGUCUUUUAGUUUACCAUCACUAAAGACGUUGGGACUAGACAUAUGCGGUAUUGAUGCGUCUUCCCUCAAUGAAUUCCUCCAAGGCUGCCCUUGUCUAGAAACUCUGGAUUUUUACUGGUAUGUUGAGGAUUGUGCUAGAAUUUGUGUUCCACCUCUUUGCCUACCAUCUUCUUUGAAGAGCUUCAAAUUUGUACUCCGCAAACAUUCAAGCUUGAGUCUUUCAGCAACACAGCGGUUACUUGAAAAGUCACAAACCGGCGAUAGCUACUUCAACAAUUUUCUGCUCGUUCUGUCCGUCGGUGAUCCUCCGAUCUACAAUAUCAACAGCAGGGAAUACUCUCCGAUUUCCGCGUCAACUGUGUCGGCAUAUUCCCUUCCGACAACAUUCAAUUUUGUUCGCAACAAUCUCUGUCCAGCUUCGAUUGACGAUUACGACGACUCGGAGUUAAAUGAAGACUUGGAGAUGAUUUUGGUUAUUGUUGUUGAUAGGGUGGCAGAUCCAUAA